CUCCAAGGCUGUGGGCUGUCUUUGUUCAUGGCGCCCCUGGGGCUGCUCUGUCUCUUUAAAAGGACUCCAGGCGUGGCUGUGGGACCGUCAUCCCAUCCCAGCCGGACAAGGGACUGGACAGUCCCGGACAGCCCCGGACAGCCGGCACGAGCCGCGCUGGCACGCGUGGACCACAGCCUCCACAGCACGGCCAUGGGCGAGUGGGGCUUCCUGAGUUCGCUGCUGGACGCUGUGCAGGAGCACUCGCCCAUGGUGGGGCGGUUCUGGCUGGUGGUGAUGCUCCUUUUCCGCAUCCUGGUCCUGGCCACGGUGGGCAGCGACGUCUUCGAAGACGAGCAAGAAGAAUUCGUCUGCAACACGCAGCAGCCGGGCUGCAAACCCGUGUGCUACGACGCUGCUUUCCCCAUCUCCCACUACCGUUUCCUCGUCUUCCACGUCGUCAUCCUCUCAGCCCCGGCCGCGCUCUUCGUCAUCUUCGCCGUGCACCAAGCGGCCAAGCCGGGGCGUGGAGCGGCCGCCGGCCAACGCGCUCGCCGCCUCCAACCCUUCUACGUGGGCAGCGUGGUGGCGCGCAUCGUGGCCGAGUUGGGUUUCUUGUUGGGGCAAGCGCUGCUCUACGGUUUCAGGGUACAGCCGCUCUUCGUGUGCCGCCGGCGGCCGUGCCCGCACCGCGUCGACUGCUUCGUCUCCCGCCCUACGGAGAAAACCGUCUUCAUCCAUUUCUACUUUGUGGUGGGGUUGGUGUCGGCGCUGCUCAGCCUGGCCGAGCUCGCCCAUCUCCUGCGCAAAGGUCCUCCGCCGCGGGGCGGCUGUUGCCGUCGGCCGCAGGAGCGGGCACCGGCGCCCGGGCAGCCGGCGGGCACUGCGGAGGAGCCGUGCCACCCCGGGGCCUCCCUAAGCCGGGGAGACCUGACGGUGUAA